AUGCCUCCAGAUCCACACGCUUUUUAUCAGACUACUGCAGAGCCUUUUGUGCCGGAGAACAUCGUUCAAACCAAGCCGGAAGUGGGGGAGUCAUCUGCCCCAAUUGAUCUGAAGUUACUUAAGCGGUUGGACCGUUUCGAUGAGUUCAUCCGCAAGAGCCAAGGGUUAAGCAAACAAGGGGUGUUAGAUUACGAUGAUCUGUGCCUGUUUCCAAACGUACAACUGCCGGUGGGGUUCAAGACCCCGAAGUUCAACAAAUAUGAUGGUACGGGCAAUCCGAAAACACAUUUGCGUUUGUUCGCUAACAAGUUGGGUAGACCAGUGGAUGAUGAGAACUUGCCGUUAAGGUUAUUCCCGGAAAGUCUAGAAGGCGACGCCCUUGAUUGGUAUUCGAAUUUAAAGCCGGAGGAGGUGAAGACCUGGCUCGAUCUGUCUAACGCUUUCAUCAGACAAUACGAGUAUAACUGUGAGUUGGCACCGACUAGAACCACUUUGGAAGGCACGAAGAGGCGACCGUCUGAAGAUCACAAGACAUAUGCCAAAAGAUGGAGAAAGAUAGCUGCGAAAGUGGAGCCCCCGAUGACCGAAGAUGAAAUCAUUCGCACUUUCAUAAAGGCGCAUGAUCCUCCAUACUUCGAAGAGAUUUUUCGUAUGACCGGGUGUUCGUUUGCUGCAAUUGUAAAUAAACUCGAGGAGUUUGAUGACUUUGUGAGAGCCGGAAAAAUUGUCAACGUCUCUGCCCUGAAAUCGCAAGUGGAAGCUUUGCAAGGGCAAGGGAGUAGUGGGAAGAACCCGCAACUUAAAAAGAAGGGGGGGGAAGCUGCCUUCAUAUGGAACCAAAACCCUUCACCCAGACCCCGAUAUCAACACAAUCCAACCUACCAACCACAUUACCCUCAUUAUCCAAACCCGCACCAUUUAAAGGCCGCCGGAAAAAUUGGUAUGGUACCCCCUCCUACCUAUCCGUAUGGCAUGCCCGCCUGGUAUAACCCGCAAGCUGUCUGUGCUUAUCACUCAGGGACACCCGGGCAUUCCACUUUGGAUUGCAAGGCUCUCAAACAUAAAGUUCAAGACAUGAUUGAAGCCGGAGAGAUUGUAAUUAGGAGAAGGGAGGCACAAGGACCGAACGUAAAUAGAAACCCCUUGCCGGAGCACGCUAAUAUCGUUGGGGUCAUUCUGGACAAUACAGAGUAUGUGGAACAAGUCAAAAAAUUGGCAAGGGAAGCUGAAGUAUUUGGGAUCACAGACCAGCCAUUUGUCAUAGAAUUGCCAUUCGAAGAGGAUGAAAAGCCUUUUAUCUUGGAUAUCAUGCCAGCUGAGAGGGAGGCUUUGGAGCCCGUAGUCAUUGAAUUUCCGAAGCAAGAGCCUGUUUUAAGUCUGCAACAAGUGCCAUGGAAUUACGAUGAACCCGUCAUACAGAUUGGGGAGAAGUCAAUUGCAAAGAAGGAAGUGUCAGUGGUUACCAGAUCGGGGAAGACUGCCAGUCCGUUUGAAACUACCAUUCCGAUUCAAGCAAAUAAUUCCGAGCCGCCUAAACCAACAAUCACCGAGAAAGAAGCCUUGGAUUUUCUUAAAAGGCUCCAGAGAAGCGAAUACAAUGUGAUCGAGAAACUAAGCAAGUCACCUGCUCAGAUAUCCAUGUUGGACCUGCUCUUUUCAUCAGAUAUGCAUAGGGACGCGCUGAUCGAAGUAUUGACUAAAGCUCAAAUCCCUAGGGAUAUUUCAGUUGAUAAUUUCUCGCAUGUGGUUGGAAGUGUGUUAUUUACCAAACAAAUUACUUUUUCUGACGAUGAAUUGCCGGUGGAGGGUAUUGGACAUAACAAGGCCCUAUACAUAGUUGUGAGGUGCAAUGGGAAAAUGCUGCCGAAGGUAUUGAUUGACAAUGGCUCUGCACUUAAUAUCUGUCCUUGGAGCACCUUGGAAAAGCUAGGGUUGCAAGACAUAAAGCUAAGGCCUUCAGGGACUAUAAUCCGAGGUUUUGAUGGAGCGCAAAGAGAGCCAAUAGGAGAAGUGGAUCUAGUCGUCGAGAUAGGGCCCGCCCAGUUUCAAAUAACCUGCCAAGUCAUGCACUUUCUUAGUGUUUACAAUGUUCUACUUGGAAGGCCGUGGAUUCAUAAGUCUGGGGCUGUGCCUUCUUCAUUACAUCAGUUGCUGAAGUUUGUAGUAAAUGACAAGCUGAUAACUAUAUUUGCCGAAGAGGAUUGCCUUGUAAUCACCAAUUCUGGGUCAAAAGAGGAUGGAAGCCGCAAUGUCGCCAUGACUCCUCAUAGCACGACUGAUAUCGUCUCUGUAAGUUGGAUCACAAACGAGGAGCGAGCUUUACCAAAGGCCAGUGUCAUGAUGGCCAAAGAAAUGAUCCGUGGAGGCUAUGAAUUUGACAAAGGGCUGGGACGAGAUUUGCAAGGAAUUCUGAAGCCAGUGGAGAUUGUGGAGAAAAAGGAUUCAUUUGGUUUGGGUUUCCGACCGACUGCCAAGGACAUCAGAGAGAUGAAGGAACGCAAGAGAGCGGAGAAAGAAGGAAGGCAAGGGGUUCUUGACAUUCCACCACUGCAUUAUACUUUCCCACGACCAGCCGAGGUGAUCAUGUCGGAAAUUAACCCAGUUGAUGAAAUUGAAGCUAGUUUGGCCCAAUUGUUCGUUGGGGCAACAUUUGAAGAUAGUUUUCCAGACAAAGCUGAAUUUCCUGACAUCCCCGAAGGAUCAAUUCCCAAUUGGACAGCCGAGAAGCUGUUCGAAAGGCUGCGAAAGUACAACUUGAAGCUAAAUCCUGCGAAAUGCGCCUUUGGGGCACCAGCGGGCGCCACGGAUGAUAUAAGUGAGCAAAGCCCUGAAUGGAGGCUUUUCUUCGACGGAGCUUCAAAUUCGCUCGGAGCUGGAAUUGGAGCCGUUUUGGUUUCACCUGAAGGGAAGCAUUACCCUGCCGCUGCCAAAUUGCAAUUUGCUUGCACAAAUAACAUGGCCGAGUAUGAAGCUUGCAUUUUUGGUCUCAAAAUGGCUUUAGAAAUGGAGAUCAAGGAGUUGGUAGCUUUCAGUGAUUCAGAUUUGCUCGUGCACCAGACCUUGAAGCAGUGGAUAACCAAAGAUUCAAAAAUUCUGCGCUACCAUUUGUCCAGAUGA